AUGAUUGCUGCUAAUGAUAGCCAUAUUGAUAAUGACGAAGAUAUAUUAAUGGUUGAAGCCGAUGAUAUUACUAUUGAAUUAAUUUCAUUUGGCCAUUCAUUUGGUGUUCCACAAAAUAUUGAUUUAUUGUAUUCAGUACGUCAUUUUCCAGCAACUAAUGUUGAAAACUAUCAACAAUACGAUGGACGACAUAAACGAAUACAAACUGAAUUAUUCAAUUUAGUGGAAUAUGAAGAUAUAAUUAAAAUGAUUACAGAAUAA